GCCCCGCGACUCAAAGUGUUGCCUCACUUAAACCCGCGACAAAACAAACAACUGCACCUGCACUCUGACUCUCAACCUCUGAAACUUUCUGCGGUUUGACCUUACCGGUCACGUCUUUUUUUAUUCUGUGUCUUGUUUUUUUUUUGUUUAUUGCAAUUCAUUCCCCACACGCAUAUGGUGUUGACUGCAACUCGUCUAAUUCCGGUGUCUUCAAUUUCCUAGUCAUUCCUACCACCGCCGCUGCCACGAUUUUGGUCAUAUCCUAGGCCAGCUUCGCCACAAUGUUGAAAAUAUGGUCUAUGAAAAAAGAGCAGCAAAAGGCUGAGACGGCCGAGGGAGCCGCGGGGGGCAAGAAGAAGAAGGUCACAGCUGCACAACUCCGUGUCCAAAAAGAUCUAUCAGAGCUUUACCUUGGAACGACGAUGAAGACCGAGUUUCCCGACCCCGACGACAUCCUCAACUUUAGACUUAUCAUCGAGCCCGACGAGGGCAUGUACCGCGGCGGGCGAUUCACUUUCGACUUCAAGAUUAACCAAAACUUCCCGCAUGAGCCACCAAAGGUCUUGUGUGAACAGAAGAUCUACCAUCCCAAUAUCGAUCUAGAGGGCAAGGUUUGCCUGAACAUUCUGCGUGAGGAUUGGAAGCCGGUCCUGAACCUCAACGCCGUCAUUGUUGGUCUUCAGUUCCUUUUCCUCGAGCCCAACGCCUCGGACCCGCUGAACAAGGACGCGGCUGAAGACCUCAGAAGCAACCGGGAGGGCUUCAAACGUAACGUCCGGACCUCCAUGGGCGGAGGGGCAGUCAAGGGGAUUUCUUUCGAUCGCGUUCUGAAAUAAAGAUAGGCGGAAGGAAGGCAAACUCUGCUGCAAAGAGAACAUGAUACCCUCCUACUAAGACUCAAGAGUCGCAACCUGUGCCAUGGGAACGAUCAUUUCUAUCCCGACCGCGAAACCUACGCGUCGGCGUCCCAGCGGUGGCUAUGAGUGAGUCAUCUGGAUGCCUGGAACAUUCAGGACAAUAGACCCCAGGGAGUCAUCUCAGUGCCCAGAAGGCAAACAUGGUUGAAUGCGAGAAUAAGCCGGGGAGGUGAAUGGAUGGCGACGAGGGUUUUCUCGCUGGCCAUUGGACUUCCUAGACCUAGUUCUAAAUACGGAGUAUCGGAACAUAAGAUGGGUGGGGCAAGCGGUGUCGAUUUUUAGCGAUUUCGGCGGUCUGUAUUUUCAACAUUGGCGGUUUCUGCUUUCUUAUUUCACCCUCUAUUAAGAUCUACCUCAUCUCCCCAAUAAAUACAUAAAUCUAGAUCG